CAAAAGGCUGGGGAAUCAAGAGACACCCUUUGUGAAGUGACAGCAAGAUGACAGUUUAGUGACACAUCGACUGACGGAUCAGAUGAUGGAUUUGAAAGCUUAAGAAUGGUCACCGUCUGGAGAACCUUUAUUUAGUGACAUUCGCAAACUUGAAUCCUUAUGCUUAUCAGAUAAACAAGGCUCAGGUUCUCAGUUCACAUUUUGGAGACUUGAUAUACAUGACUCAAACAAGUAUCAAUCAUGAGUGACGACUGGACCAACGAGCCUCUGGUUCUCGAUUUUGAGCAUCUUGCUCGAAGUGACGUCGGCUUAGUCGGUGGCAAGAAUUCUUCUUUGGGUGAGAUGAUUCGAGCCCUCGGACCCAAGGGAAUUCCAGUGCCACCAGGCUUCGCGACAUCAUCCUAUGCCUACUGGCACUAUGUCGACGCCAACAACAUCCGGGGCAAGAUCGAUGAACUCGUCGAUCAAUGGCAGUCUGGCCAUCAAACGCUUGCUGAGAUAGGUCACGCCAUACGCAUCCUGUUCCUGCGUGGAACGUGGCCGGCUGAUACUGCAGAGGCCAUACUGUCUGGAUAUCGCGACUUGUGCGAUAAAGCCGGGGUUGAUGAUCUAAGUGUUGCAGUGCGAUCUAGUGCAACGGCUGAAGACCUUCCUGACGCGAGCUUCGCUGGACAGCAGGAGACGUACCUAAAUAUCCAGGGGAGCGAAGCGCUGCUCGAUGCUUGUAGACGAUGUUAUGCUUCGCUUUUUACAGAUCGAGCUAUCAGCUAUCGCCAUAUCAAGAAGUUCAAUCAUGGAAACGUGGCUCUCUCCAUUGGGAUCCAGCAGAUGGUUCGCUCAGACAUCGGCGGCGCAGGUGUCAUGUUCUCUAUCGAUACAGAGAGCGGCUUCGACAAGAUCGUUCUCAUCAAUGCUGCAUGGGGCCUUGGCGAAAAUGUCGUCCAGGGCACUGUCAACCCAGAUGAGUACCAGAUCUUCAAACCUCUCCUGUCUAAUGAGAAGCUAUCGCCGAUUCUGAGCAAGAAGCUCGGCGACAAGGCGAUCAAGAUGGUGUACGGGGAUAAGUGCGUACGAACACGCAAUGUCCCUACAUCCAGGGCCGAGCGAGCUGCCUAUGUUCUCGAAGAUGAAGAGAUUCUCCAAUUGUCACGAUGGGCUUGUCUUAUCGAGGAGCAUUACAGCUGCCCGAUGGAUAUGGAGUGGGCUAGAGAUGGCUCUUCUGGCAAACUCUACAUCGUCCAGGCCAGGCCUGAGACUGUGCAGUCUCGCCGUGACACGGCAGCCUUCAAGACCUACACGGUCGGCGAACGUGGCCACACCUUGACCACAGGGCUGUCUAUUGGCGACAAGGCAGUUGCAGGGCGGAUCUGCCUGCUCACCUCGGUCUCGGACAUGGACAAGUUUAUCGACGGCUCGAUCCUGGUGACUGAGGCUACGGACCCCGACUGGGUGCCUGUCAUGAAGCGAGCCGCCGCCAUCGUCACCGAUUACGGUGGGAGGACCUCUCACGCCGCGAUUGUCAGUCGGGAACUGGGUGUUCCAGCGGUAGUUGGUACUGGAAACGCAACCUAUGUUCUGCACACUGGUCAAGACGUCACUGUGUCAUGUGCAGAAGGCGAUUCGGGUCUUGUCUAUGAUGGAAUCUCGGAGAUCACCACCCAGAUGGUACACAUAUCCGAUCUCCCUUCUGUCCGAACAAAGAUCAUGCUGAAUCUGGCCAACCCCUCAGCUGCGUACCGCUGGUGGAGGCUCCCAGUUGAUGGUAUUGGACUUGCUCGUAUGGAAUUCGUUGUCAGCAAUUAUAUUCGGGUCCAUCCCAUGGCUCUCAUUCACUAUGAUCGUCUUGAGGAUGAAGCAGCCAAGAAAGAGAUCACCAAUCUUACUGCAGGCUAUACUUGCAAGCCUGAUUACUUUGUGGAUAAGUUGGCAUCUGGCCUCGCAACGCUUUGUUCUUCUGUCUACCCCAAACCAGCCAUUAUUAGGAUGAGCGAUUUCAAGACGAAUGAGUACGCUCGCCUGAUAGGCGGUGCUGAGUUUGAACUUAAGGAGGAGAACCCCAUGAUCGGAUUUCGCGGGGCCUCACGUUACUACUCGCCUCGCUACAAGGAGGGCUUUGCCCUAGAAUGCCGUGCUGUUAAAAAGGUUCGAGAGGAAAUGGGACUCACCAAUACCAUUGUCAUGAUUCCCUUUUGUCGAACAGUCAAAGAAGCCCGAAAGGUGCUAGACAUAAUGGAAGAGAAUGGUCUGAAGCGAGGGGAGAACGGCCUCAUGGUUUAUGUGAUGUGCGAGAUCCCUUCCAAUGUCAUCCUGGCCUCGAGCUUUACCCAGCACUUUGACGGCUUCUCCAUUGGGUCCAAUGAUCUGGCUCAGCUCACCCUCGGUGUAGACCGAGAUUCUGGGGAGUUGGCGAGCUUGUUCAACGAACAGGAUGAGGCUGUAAAGUGGAUGAUUGCUAGAGCCAUUACAGUGGCUCGCCAAGAGGGCUGUAAGAUUGGGCUUUGUGGCGAGGCACCAAGCAACCAUCCUGAAUUUGCCAAGUUCUUGGUUAAUGCGGGGAUUGAUUCGAUUUCUGUCAGCCCGGAUAGUUUUGUUCAGGUUAUGAAACAUGUAGUGGCUAGUGAGAAGGGCUUGUAAUUAUUGAUUUAGCUAUUGCUGGUGAUAUCGAUAUCGUAUCUUAUUCAUAAGCCGAUGGUUUGACGCUAUUACAUCAAAUGCGGAGUGGAAACUACUGUCACUCUUGCCUUCAAUGUGCCUUCAAAAAGAAUGGUCUUCCUUACGAACCUGGAGAUAUCAGUACUGAGACUUUGCAGUACAAAAGAAAAUUGAUGUCCGCAAGCACAAUAAGCUUGGCUGGAAAUUGCUUAUAUCUGAGUCUUUCACAAAGGUGCCUUGCUUUGAUCAUGAUACACGAACGUUGACUAGAAUUACUAAACCUGUUGACUAUAAACUUACAAACGCCAAUAAUGCUCACCACCAGUCUCGCUGGAUUAAUUCAACACUGGCUUUCAACAACUCCCCUGAUACCUUCACCGCAGCCUUCUCACCUGGGCUCAUCGCCAGGGGAACUGAACGCAAGAUCCCCUUCCUCCCAAUAACGGUUGGCAAGCUGAGACAGCAUCCGUAGUCCUCUUGAAAGUGACUGACCGGGUACAUCUCAUUCUUAUCGAGGAUGACAGAACAACACAAGCUAGCAGCAACGGAAGCUAUUCCGAACGGUGCAGAUCCUUUGCCCAGUAUGAUGUGGUUCGAUCGAUGCUUGCAGAUGAGUUCGAUCCUACUGAGAUCGAUAGCGCUCAGCAUUUUCACAUCGUCAAUGGGAACCGCGCCAAUGGUUGCUGCGGACCACACGACUACUUGGUCUUCUCCAUGGCGACCCACGACGAAUGCAUCCACAGCAGAUGGGGAAACCUAUGAUGGUUCUGUGUUAGAAAUGUGAUAGUGCAGAUAUCACGGCGCCCACUCACCAAAGCACGAGAUGCAACCAUCCCUCGAAGCCUGUAAGUGUCGAGAGCUGUACCAGUGCCAAUGACCUGAGAUGAAGGAAGUCCCGACAUCUCCUUGGCGAGAGAUGUCAGUAGGUCAACUGGAUUUGCCACAAUGAGUAAAACCGUGUCAGCUCGGAAGGGCUUCAUUGCCUCCAUCACCUCACGUAUCAUCGAGGUGUUCCGAGACGUAUAGUCAAUAGUUGUCUGACCUUGGAAGAACAAUGAGCCUAUAUCCCAUUCGAAGGAGUAAACACGUACCCAGCAGGUGUUUAGAUGCAGCGGUUAUGACCACGAGAUCGCACUGAGCAGCCUCAUGGUACGUGGCUGGACGUACACGCGUACUGCUGUUAGUACUGUAAGAGACAUCGCAGAGGUCCUCGAUCUGGGCAUUUCUGACAUUGAGGUCGAGGUCGACGAGAAGCAACUCGCUCGCCACAGAAUUCAACGUGAGGUUGUAAGCGACGGCACCGCCAACUUCACCGACGCCUACAAUCGCC